CUCUGCCUUGCUGUUUGCCGUGCUCUUAUCGCAAACAGCCCCUCGGGCCUGCCUGGGGUCUUUUCAGUGUCGCAUGCCCCGCCUUAUAUUUCCUCCCUGCAACAUUCUCAGUCAUCACGUCCUCUCUCAAGCCCACCUAAACUAACGACUGCAACAUUAUCAGUUGGAGUUGUCGGCGCGGGGCCUCCAGACUCCCACUCUCUUUAUUUUCAUCUUUGCAUCAUACCAAACUGUAUCAUUUCUCAGGACAGCAAAAGUUACGCCAAGAUGGCCCUCCCAAAGCGCAUCGUGAAGGAAACAGAACGGCUGAUGGCCGAACCAGUCCCCGGAAUCAGCGCUGUGCCUCACGAAGAUAACCUGCGGUACUUUGACGUCGAGAUCCACGGCCCCGCAUCCUCACCAUACGAAGGCGGCAUUUUCAAGCUGGAGCUCUUCCUCCCAGAUGACUACCCUAUGACUCCUCCGAAGAUUCGAUUCCUUACAAAGAUCUUCCACCCGAACGUUGACAAGCUGGGUCGCAUUUGUCUAGAUGUGCUUAAGAAUAACUGGUCGCCUGCGCUGCAGAUUCGAACGAUUCUGCUUUCCAUCCAGGCCCUUCUCGGCGCUCCCAACCCCGAUGAUCCCCUCGCCCCCGACGUUGCUAAGAGCUGGAAAGAAGACGAAGCUGCAGCCAUCGCGACGGCAAAGGACUGGACCCAGAAGUAUGCAAAGGCAUAAAUAAGUACAGAAAAAGAAAAAGAAAAACGAGAGAUAAAAAAGAUAUAUAUAUAUACGUGUCGAAGACUUGCGAUAAGAUUCGGGCAUGCGUAAACAGGUUUUUUUUUUUUUUUU